GCUGUAUCGUAUCUGAUCGGGGCUUGCAUGCUGCAUGCUGCAUUACUGGGAUACUGAAUCAUAUGGCCCAGUUGCUUUAAUAAUGGCAUUGAUUGGAAUCGGCUACAAUAGCAACUUUUCCCCUCCUGGCAGUUCCAGCGGGACUGUCUUCGUCCCUGUUCCAGGGUAUCCUUUUUUUUUUGUUUUGAAACUCGGUUGCCAAUAAUCGGGAAAAACCAAAACAUCAAGCAUGGGGAGGUUUCUUCCGUGAUUUUAUAUUUACAUGCCAACUAACAUGGCAAGAGAAGAAUUGUUAAGUGGAGAGGAGUCGAGGGCAGAGGAGAGCGCGUACCAGCGUCGCUAACAGGGAUGCAUACAUACUGGUGUUCGUUCAGACACAACAACAACCUCUGAGAGAGCCAUUUAGCCAGUCUUGUUGAACCAACGUUCCAGACCGCUAUGUCUCAAAGUUAGGAACAAUCCCGCAACAAGCUUCGGAACCGACCCUUGCUACCAUUAUUCUCAGACGGGGCCCCAUAUUCAUUUUCUUCUCUUCCUUCUUCUCCCUCUUUCUCGAAGUCCCGACAAUCAAGUUCGUUGUCAAUAUCAGUAUCAACGCCGAGAAAACCCGUGCCGAUGUUUUUGGUUUCAACCAGUAAGAAUUGAGGGAUAAUUUCUUUCCAUUAUGUGCCCUAUGAUAGUCUAUGGGGUUAUUAACUAUGGGAACACGGCGCCAAGGGACUCACAUCAGAGUCCGAUGCGUGGAUACUUGGGUUGUUGCUCGAUGGCUGGGAGGAUCGGCUAAUCGAGCUGGGGAGUUGAGUGAUGCACUUCUUCUGCCCGUCUGGAGUGAAAGAAAAGCUACUUAUCCGAUGGUGUUGUUUAUCUUUGCCCGUUUUUGUUUCGUUUCGGGGUUUUUUUUUUUUUUUUUUUUUUUUUAUUUUUCUCUCUUUCUCAAGGCAAAGUCCACAAAAAUUGUCUUGUAGGGGUUUUUCUUCUUUUUUUUUUUCUGCAUGCGAACUCCGUAUUAUUGUGAUUCUAAUUCACUGUUUAGGUUUUCGUGAUGUUUGCCCGUCUUGAUUUGGCAGUUUAGCCAUAUACCUACACUACUCUCUGUGUGGUGUUUUGCUUUGAUACCUUACUCUGAGCAGUUCGGUUAGUUGAUAACAUUGCUUGCAGUUAUUAUCCCCAAUACUAGCUCCGAAAUAAAACAUAUCAAUAUCCAGAACCCAAAAAGGAUGAAAAUAAUCUCACCAACCGUGCUCCUCCCUCUCCUCUCGACAUCAUACCUCAUCACGCAUGCCACCGCAAGGAAGAACGGCAACGAUGCCUUCAACGGCAUACACACAGGCUGUUGUCCAUCGGAGCCUGAAUUCCAACAAGCAAUCUCCCACCCCAAUGCCACCGGCGCAUUGCCCUUCGUAGGCUUGCAUCUAGAUGAUAGCGCCAUCGCUACUCUGAGCAACGAUCGCCCACCAUCAACACCACCGCCCAAGAACUGGACAUGGACAACGGCUGUCAUGGAAGUGCCGCUGGGUAGCAGUGGCAACGGUGAGGGCAACGUAUCCGCCACAAAUCAGAUCUUCACACUGGAUAUACCGGAGGACGUGGAUAUCUAUAGCCCGAGACAUGGACGGAAUGUAUGCGUGUUGCUCCUAAAGAUGGUUACGGUUAAUCAGAAUGAUCCGGGGGACUGUGAGCAUAUAUUUCCCAGGGUGACGAUUGAGCGGAUGAGAGAGGAGCUUGUGAGGAGGGUUGGGGAGAUGACGCCGAAUAAAGCGAAUUCUUCGCCGUGUGCGGGGAUGCGGGGGCGGACGUCGUGGCAGGAAAUAAUCACUUCCUACCACCGCGCCAACACUACUCUCUUAACUCGCAAAACCCCCACCGCCGCCCAAUACCGCUCCACAACCAACCCGCACCCCGCCACAGACUACUCCCCCUACGACGCCGCCCUCGUCCGCACACAGCCCAUCUUCCUACUGGGCUACUCUACCGAUCCUGAAAUUCUCGCCGGCCCUGCGAUUCUCAAGAUGGAGCUGGCAGAGACGCGGUUGACGUGUGUCAGGGUUCAGAAGGUUUUGGAGGGGAGUCGCGGGGCCGAGAUGACGAGUGGGGGCGCGAUGGGGAGGAAAGGGUUGUUGAUGGGGAUGAGGAUGGGUAGCAACCACGAGAGGGGGGAUUUUGGGGGGGUUUUGGUUUUGUUGUGGGGGUUGCUGUUUUUUUGGUGGGUGAUAUAAUAAGGGGGUGUUCAAUUCUUUUUUUUUUUUUUUUUAGUUUUCUUUCUUUUUCUUUUUCUUUUUCUUUUUUUUUUUCGUGGUGCUGUUAUUUAGCGACUUUUGUCUUUUUCCUUGUUUAAAUCAUCAUUGAGCUUGGGAUGGGAAGAGGUUUGAAAAAUGCAUGGGUUAUGGGCUUGGGUAUAUAUUUUAUGAGCAUUGUUUCUUGUUCAUCUAACCUACUUACCUCACUAUCAGUCUUGUUGUCACAGGCUUGGGCUUGGAAGACGGACAAUACGAUAAAGUGAGAAAAACCCUUCUAAAAUAAUUCUACAUUUGUAUUUAUUUCUAUGUUGAACCUACCACUUAGUUAUCUGAAACGGCAUAAUUGAACGUGAAAAGCAGCGCAGCAGAGGUUCUUUUUCUAAGAGCUCGUUUUUAUUCUAUUCAUGGAAGCUAUUAGUUUAUCAAGCAUGUAAAUAACUAUCCCAUGAAACAAGUAAAUAAAAGAUAACAAGGCAAUAAAAGGACCCAUCAUAAACCUAGAUAGGAAAAUGUAAAAUUGCU